AGCUAGAUGAUCCAUACAGGUGCAUCUUCAGAGUCUUCUCAGGAGGAACAAACAGCGUCUUGUGAAGGUUCAAAUGCUGCUGUUAAUAUGGAUGUAUCAGAACCUGUUGUGGAAAAUGGAGAGACAGAAAUGUCCCCUGAAGAAUCAUGGGACCACAAAGAAGAAACAAGUGAAGUAGAACUUGAAAGUGGCCCAUCAGGAGAUGCAGGAGCUACUGAGGAGGGUGCCCAGGAAAUGAUGGAGGAAGAGGAAGAAAUGCCAACACCUAAAUCAGUGGUAGCACCACCAGGUGCUCCUAAAAAAGAACAUGUAAAUGUAGUAUUCAUUGGACAUGUAGAUGCCGGCAAAUCAACCAUUGGAGGACAAAUAAUGUACUUGACAGGAAUGGUUGACAAAAGAACACUUGAAAAAUAUGAGCGAGAAGCUAAAGAGAAAAACAGAGAAACAUGGUACCUGUCUUGGGCCUUAGACACAAACCAGGAAGAACGAGACAAAGGUAAAACAGUAGAAGUCGGUCGGGCCUAUUUUGAAACGGAGAAAAAACACUUCACAAUUUUAGAUGCUCCAGGACAUAAGAGCUUUGUUCCCAAUAUGAUUGGUGGAGCUUCUCAAGCUGAUCUGGCUGUGCUGGUUAUUUCUGCAAGAAAAGGCGAGUUUGAAACUGGAUUUGAAAAAGGUGGACAAACAAGAGAACAUGCCAUGUUAGCAAAGACAGCAGGUGUAAAACAUUUAAUAGUUCUUAUUAAUAAAAUGGAUGAUCCAACGGUAAACUGGAGUAAUGAAAGAUAUGAAGAAUGUAAAGAAAAACUGGUGCCAUUUUUAAAGAAAGUUGGCUUCAAUCCCAAAAAAGAUAUUCACUUCAUGCCCUGCUCAGGAUUGACUGGAGCAAAUCUUAAAGAACAAUCGGACUUCUGUCCUUGGUAUAUAGGAUUACCAUUUAUUCCAUAUCUGGAUAAUUUGCCAAACUUCAACCGCUCAGUUGAUGGACCAAUCAGGCUGCCAAUUGUCGAUAAAUACAAGGAUAUGGGCACUGUGGUCCUGGGAAAGCUGGAAUCAGGCUCAAUUUGCAAAGGACAACAGCUUGUGAUGAUGCCAAACAAGCACAACGUGGAAGUUCUUGGAAUCCUUUCUGAUGAUGUAGAAACUGAUUCAGUAGCCCCAGGUGAAAAUCUGAAGAUCAGACUGAAAGGAAUUGAAGAAGAAGAGAUUCUUCCAGGAUUUAUACUCUGUGACCCUAAUAACCUGUGUCAUUCUGGACGCACAUUUGAUGCCCAGAUAGUGAUAAUUGAGCACAAAUCCAUCAUCUGCCCAGGUUAUAACGCGGUGCUGCACAUUCACACCUGUAUUGAAGAAGUCGAGAUAACAGCCUUAAUCUGUUUGGUAGACAAAAAAACAGGAGAAAAAAGUAAGACGCGACCCCGUUUUGUGAAACAAGAUCAAGUAUGCAUUGCUCGUUUAAGGACAGCAGGAACCAUCUGCCUUGAGACAUUCAAAGAUUUCCCUCAAAUGGGUCGCUUUACCUUAAGAGAUGAGGGUAAGACCAUUGCAAUUGGAAAAGUUCUGAAACUGGUUCCAGAGAAGGACUAAGCAUUUUUCUCGAUGACCCUGCACAAUACUGUGAGGAAAAUUGACUCUGCAAAAGCCUACUUCACACCACCUUCUUAUUUUCUGCCCAUUGAUAAACUUUUCCCCAUAUUUUGCAAAGACAAAUUUCACAGCAAAGGUCCACAUUAUGUCAGCUUUCUCAUAUUGAGAGCUCUGCUAUGCCACUGUUGAAUUUUCCCAAAAAGGGUUUUUUUUCCUCCCAAAUUCUGCUUCCUUGGAAAGAUUCGGCAAUAGCUUUGUAAGUGAUGUGGACAUAAUUGCCUAUAAUUAUGAAAAUCUAAAGGAUUUUUAAUGUUUAAUUUCCCCCAACAUGUUAAGACACCUUUUUCCAGGCAGAUCAUUUGGAGUGUGCGAGUGUGUGUGCACAUGUUACAAAGACAUCUACCAUGUUAAUAAACUAUUCAAUUUGAAAUCCUUUUCGGUAUUUGAAUUGCUUUGGAAUAAUGUUUUUUAUCCAGAUGUAACGCUGUUGCAUUAGCUUUUUAACUUUCCAAGUAACCUAAAUGUUUGAUUACUUGGACUUUUCUAAACUCCUCAGCCUCCCCCCACACACAGUUUUAAAUGAGGCAAUUGGGCAGUUGACCAAGUUUGUAUUAAAGGAAUUAGUUUUACCCCUUCCUUUUGGUCUUUAAUACAUUCUUAAAAUUAAAUACCUUCAUGCAAAUGUGGCAUCUUCAUUAGCUUUAUAUCUCUUUAUAUCUACAGCAAAGUUAGGUUGACUUGACUCGUUUACUUAGACACAGUAAGUUGGUUUUGAAUGCUAGAACUACAUAUUGUGUCGUUAUAAAGUACAGCAUAAUUAAAAUUCUUAACCGCAGAAAAUGUUAACAACCAGUAAAUCAUUGGAACUUGCAAAAACAAGAGAAUUGUGGCAAUAGUGCCUGUUAGCAUUCGUAAGAGCUACACUUUGUGGGAGAACUGGGCCAGUAAAAAAGUGCUAGGAACUAUAAAUUACUCAGUUCACUCUAAAUUAGAAGGCUGGAUAAUCCUUGCUGUUUUAAAGAUCAGUCUGAGUUGAGAAGGGGAGAGAUUAUUUUAAUCCCUAAGAAUUUGCACAUACUGAAAUUUGAGAGGGGGCAGAAUCAAGCACAGUCUGUAAAUUUUUGCAUAUCAGAGCAAUUUAAGCUUGUGUCGGCUAGUGAAGAGUUUUCUCGAGAAAGUAAAAACAAAACUGGUUCAAAAUGAAUUUUCCUCAAUACAACUUGAAGGAGCUACAAAACAAAACCUUUUUAGUUAUAAUUUGAAAGUGAACUGGCUUACAAUUACCAUCCUGAUUUUUAACCAUUAGAAUGAAAAUGAAUGGACUUUUUACUUCCCAAAGUAUUAAUAGAUUUCUCCAUUUUUAGAUUAAAAGUUUAUUCCAAGCUUCUUCAGAAUAAAUUAAAUAUUUUGAAGUUGUACAACUAAAUAUUGGUGAGCCCAUCCCUUCCUCAGAAAGUUUACAGGUGAAAAAAAGAGAUUCUGCUGCAGUUCACAGAAUUCCAAAACUUAAACAGGUUUACCCUUUUUGUUUCUUUGUAACUGUGGAAAUUCCCAUUCAUUUCACUUAAGGCUACAUUGUACGGACAGAGCAAGUUGUUGUCCUUCAGUUUCAUAUGACUACACUUGUAGCUACCGUAAUGCAUGAAAUUUAAAUAAAUUUUAUUAUGUCUGCAAACCUCUGGGCUUUUUUUUUUUUUUCCUGGGAAAUCUGAGAGUUUUAGACAACUUUUUUUUUCCAACCAAGUGAACAAAACCAAAACGGAACAAUUCCUUAGAUCUUAAACCAGUGUAAAAAUUAAGUUAAAUUCUUUGAUUUUUGUUUUUCUGAAUUGACUAGAAAUUUCCAAGUGUAAAAACUUUACUGUCUUGAAAUGUUUUUAAAUGCUCUUAUUAAAAUAGUACUUUGAGAAGUCAGGAAUCUAACAAUGAAAGACAGGGUUUUUUUUUUUCCUAAUAUAGUUAAACGUUUUUAAAAACAUUGAAAGGCAACUAAAUAAUAUUUGAACUGAAUUUUUUUGAGCAAACUUAGAAUAAUAAAUACCAAAACUUUAAUAGCUUGAUCGUGGAUUUGAAAGGACUCAUCACUGAAAACAGAAAAUCAAUGGAUGGAAAUUUAACAGUACAUGGAAAUUGCAAGGAUUUCUAUAACCCAUUCUAUCUUAAGGCUAGUGCAUUUGACUACCACUUUCAUAAAUUAAUUAAAACUGCUUUGUAUGUAAAGGGACACUGAAUUAAGACUGAAGUGCAUUGGUGAUAUGUUGAAUCAUAGCUUGUAGAUUCUGUUCAGCAAUACAAGUUUUUGAUUAGACUGUAAAGUGUUUGAAUAUUAUCAGACUUUAAGCUUAUUAAUAGCAAAAUGCAAAACAAAAAAUCUAGGACAAUUGGCUGCAUUUUUAGGUAUGAGAACUAAAUGUAUCUAUAUACCUUUAUCAUAUUUUGAAUCUCUGAAUCAUCCUCAGAUUGCAUCUCAACUUCAGUGUACUUCAUUCAAUUGUCAUACCACAUUGUUAGUCCAUUUUUUACUACAGUUGAAAAGAGCUAAAUUUAGGUCAAUGAGGAAAAAAGAAUGGUGCAGCUGCUUUGUUUUGAAAUAAGUACUACUUACUAAUAAAUUCAUCAGUGUAAUAAACUUUUUAAACAAUCAUUUUGAAUACUUAUUUCCUUCUAUGAAAAUACAUGGUGUAUUAUUUUGAAAACAAAAGAAAUAAAGGAUUUAUCCAUUGGAGAAAAAAAAUGUAAAUUAAGACAAAGAGUUGGAUUGAGACCAUAUCUACACUAGGAGCAAUUUGUCCAAUAUAGCUAGGCCAGCAUGACACUGGCAAAACUCUCCUCUUGUAAGUGCAGCUUAUCCCUGCAAAAGUGAUCCAUGAAGCAAACGAGCUUUACUGAUAAAGCUCAGUUUUCAUGGUAUAAUUGCAACUUACACCAGGAGCUUUUGCUAGAAUAGCUAUGCUGGUCCGGGCUCACACAGCUUCAGACCCUAUGUUGGCAGAAGUCUGUAGUGUGGAUAUGGCUUUAUUGUAUAGCCAUGACUUAACUUAUCAACAAACAGAUUAUUAUGAUGAUAGUGAAUGAUUAAGACCUUGUAUGUUCUUGAAAUAAAAGCCUUGAUAUAUGUAAUAAUAAUUAAAUGCAAAAAGUCUUUUAACAUGGAGUAGUAGA